CAGUCCUCAAGUAGAUAUAAUGGCUGGACUUCGACUUCGUCAAUUAGAGGAAUAUCUCCAGCAGCUGGACGUGUUCGAAAAGCCGAAAGUCUCGCUCGAGCAAUAUGCCACCAGUGCACAUAUCGCCUCGCAACUGUUGUACACCGCGCAGUCGCAGUUUGACGAUAUAAAGGGUAAAACCGUGGCGGAUCUAGGCUCCGGAUGUGGCACGUUGUCGCUGGGCGCCAAGAUGCUUGGCGCCGAGUAUGUAGUUGGAUUCGAGAUAGAUUCCGACGCGACUGGCAUACACUAUAGAAAUUGCAGCGACAUCGAGCUCUUCGUCGAAGUCGUGCAGUGCGACGUACUGCAAUAUUUACCGGGAAAGUUCGAAAAGUACUUUGAUACUGUUAUAAUGAAUCCACCCUUCGGCACCAAGAACAAUGCCGGCAUCGACAUGAGGUUUCUGGAAGUGGCGAUCAGGCUUUCGUCCAGCGCCGUUUACUCUCUGCACAAGAGCAGCACGCGGGACUACGUGCUGUCGAGGGCGGCGCAGCUCGGCGCGCGAGGAACGGUGAUAGCCGAGCUCAGAUACGACCUGCCGAGGGCUUACAAAUUCCACAAAAAGGCGUCCGUCGACAUUCAGGUGGAUUUUAUACGGUUUGAAUUAAAGCGUUGAUUUAUCUGCGAAGAAA